CUGUUAGCAAAUAGAGCUCAGCCCAGCAACAUUGCCCCACCCGUGUCCCGCAGGCAGUAUCUAGGCUGCUAUAAUAUAUUCUCUCCCCCAAUCGCUCAAACUAUUAACAGAAAAGAAAAGUUCCUGCUCUCGGUAACAGCACAGACAGCAAGGGAGAAGCCGGAGUGUGCCAGUCUCUGCACUGACAUGCCACAUAAGGGGAGGAAGCCCGCAGGAGGUGCCAAGGGGUCUAAAGAGCACGGUGAUAAGAAGACAGCUGGGGCAACGAAACCUGCAGACAAGAAAGCUCCUGCGACAGCAGAGAAAAAACAUGGGAGUACGAGUGAACCGGCAGCAGCAGUUGCAGCUGGGGCUAGUAAGGUACCAACGCAACAGGAAAAGACUAUGAAACCUGCAGAUACAAAGCCAACACCAGCACCAAAGGCUGAGCCACCUAAAUCCACACAAACAACAAAGGCAAAAAGUACGAAUACGACAACAUCAUCAUCUGUAAAACCCAGCACAGGGAAAGGCCCGACCAAACAAGAUGCAAAAUUAGUACCUGGAAAACAGACCGCAAGCGCUACACGUUCAGCAGGAGAAGUUGGCAAAGCAGUAGCUGCUGCCUCUGCGGUUGCAGCUAGUAAACCAAGAGAUGUGGUAAAAGAAGAAAAGAAAACUGUGAGUGUAGAUAAGAUUGCUGCUGCUGCUGCUCCUGUCAAGAGUCCGCUAGAUGACGCUUUGGAUCAGUUGAUUGAUACACUGGGGGGACCAGAAGAUGUUCCAAAGUCUCCAAAAUUCACUGGACCAGAGAUCGCUGACACUCCGGCAACAUCAGAGUACUUGGAAGAACUAGGAAAGAGAGAGAGCUCAAUACCCCCAGAGUACAGGCAUAUUUUGGAUGGUAAAGGGGAUAAAUCAACUCCACCUCCACCUAAGGAAGCUCUAAAGAGUUUGAGCGAUGAUGAUCUUGUUGCAGCCUUCUCAUCGGAUUUUGUCAGCUCUCAAGCUCUUCCUGAAGUAAAGAAACCAAGACUAGAAGAGAAAAAAGAUGCAAAAUCCACUUCAGCAGCCCAGACAGCUCAUACAGAACCUGGUACUACGAAAAAAGAUGCAAAAUCAACUUCGAUGUCCCAGGCUGCUCCCACAGAGCCUAGCUCUACGGCAUUAUCAGAGGAUGCUUUAGACCAGCUUUUGGGCACUCUUGACUCGGGGCCCCCAGUGAAUGUGCCAGAAUCCCCCCAGUAUACCGGUCCGGAAAUAACAGAAACUAUUACACCUUCAUACCUGGAAGAACUUGGUAAGAGAGACAGCACAAUUCCCCCAGAAUACAGACACUUGUUGGAUGGUAAAGAUCAUGGUACACCCAUACCUCCAGCUCCCGUCGUACAACCACAGCCAAUGAGUGAAGAUGAUUUUUUAGAUGAAUUCUCAAAGGAUUUCGACUCUUCACCUUGUCCUCCCAUCCAGACAGCUCCUGCUGUAGGACUCAAGGACACUGCACAAGAUAAAGAAGUUAAACCUGACAUAUUGGUUCCGUCUUCCGCAUCAUCUGUUCAGGCUUCCGGAGCACCUUCUGCUGCUAUGGAGGAUGCUUUAGAUGAAUUAAUGGGUACUUUGGAAGGCCCAGAGUUCAAUGUACCAGAAUCUCCCCGUUUCACAGGCCCAGAAGUGACGGAAACCAGCACAGCGACACAUAUUGAAGAACUUGGCGACAGAGAUAGCUCAAUCCCACCGGAAUAUAGGCACCUGCUAGAUGGAAAAGUAGAUGGUAAAGAGGUGCCUCCACCGCCUGCAGAAAAGCCCAUGAGUGAUAGUGAACUGGUGGAUGAGUUUGCUAAAGACUUCACUUGUCCCCAGUCCCCACCUGUACAGCAGACACCUCCUAUCAAACAAAAAGAUGCUUCUGAAGGAAAAAAGUCAGAAAGGGAUGAUUUAGUGGUUAGUGCCGCCUCAUCAGCUGUCCAGGCUGCCCCCGCACCAUCUAGUAAGAAAGACUGUAAAAAGUCAGAAAAGGAUGGUUUAGCAGUUAGCGCCACCUCAUCAGCUGUCCAGGCUGCCCCCGCACCUCCUAAAGCUCCUACGGUCAAAGUUGACCCAAUUGAGGGCCUGGCUAGCACGCUGCAGGUUAGGCAGGAAGAGCCAAAGGACAAAAAGCCUGCUGCAGAUGCAGUAAAGGAAAAAACCGACAAAGAGAAUUGGGAAAAACUUGGUGAAGAUGAAGAAACAAUACCUCCUGACUACAGGCUAAAGGAGGCUAAGGAUAAGGAUGGGAAGCCUCUUUUGCCAAAGCCUGAAGAAAAGCCACAGCCGAUGAGCGAGGAUGACUUGCUGGAUGCUUUGACUGAAGGGUUUGUUACAUCUCCCACCACCUGCCAGUCUGCACCAUUACAGUCUUCUGCGAAAGCACCUGGAAAAUCUGGCUCUGAAGAAAUCGUGUCCUGUUCCAAAGCUUCUGCUGUUCAGUCAGAGACCCCAAAGCCACCUGCCUCUAUACCUGACGAUGCUCUAGAUCUGCUCUCCGGAUCACUGGGAGCAAGAGAAGCUGAUCCGGAUGAGAACAAGCCUGCUGUGGACUUGGUAAAGGAAAGAGCAAAAGAAGAGCACAUUGAUAAGCUUGGAGAUAGAGAUAGCACAAUCCCUCCUGAGUACAGGCAUCUGUUGGAUGGGAAAGAUCAGGGAAAACCUGCAAAACCAGAGCCGGUGAAACCAAAGAAACCACUGGAUGAUGAUGCAGCGAUCGGGGCUCUCUCCAGUGACUUUGCAUCCUGUGCUACCAGUACCACUGACAAAUCAAAGGAUCCAUCAAAGGACAAGGCAAAGGUCUCCUGUAGUGCUCCAGUUUCCCAGACUCCAGGGAAAACUCCAGAUUCUUCAAAGCCCACAGGUCAGAGCGCCGCUGUAAAACCUAGUGCGCAAAAGACAAGCAGAAGCUAGAUCCGUGUACAGUCUCCGUUGCACUUACCUAAGACCUGCUUGGGAAGAACAAAGUUUGAUACAAGCACAUGGCUUCCGCUCAGUCCCUUUCCUUACACCCUGAUGUGUUAAUGGAAGCGCUUGGUUGGUUUUUAUUUCCUGCAAAAUCUCUUUUUUCCGGUUCUUUUUCUUGAAUUCUCAAGGGGCAAAGCUUUUCUAGUUAUAAUGAAAUGUUUUAUGUAAGUAAUAAAAUACAGCCUGCAACCUUUGCACAUAUUUUCCAUGUAGUCGGAGUGCCUGAGAACCUCUGUGGUUACCAAGAACUGUGUGUAAAUUACUAUAUUGAUAGAGAUUUUUACCUCUGUGUAUACAAAGAACAUUUGGUCAGAAUUGUGUCUGUGUGUUGAUUGCUAAGAAUAUACAGGAGCAGAAGAAGAACGGGUUCUCUGUUUACAAGGACUGUGCCUUUUCUACUUGUCAAUCCCUUGUUCUUCUUGUACGUGAACGUUGGGCUUCCCAGCAUGGACUGGCCUUUACAGUUUUGCAUAUAUAGGUCAUAUUUUUACAGACGAUGGUUGCACUGAGUCCCACCCAAAUAAAAUCCCAGUCAUUGGUUUAGUAUGAAUAUGAUAUGACUGCUAUGCAAAGAUUCAUAUUUUUCCAGAGUACUGGAUGUCUCUCAGUCAGAACAUGUAUGUGUGUGGAGAAAUGAUAUUGUCUAAGUGAUAUAAGGGCUGUUUUGCUUUGGACUUAUAAUUGUUGAACACUAUGGGAAAUAAACAUUACGCUACAA